AUGUCAACAAAGAUGAUGUUUGUAAAUAAGGAUGGUUCAGCACCGACCAAUCCAAAGUGCGCUGGUUGUGGCGACUAUUGUGAAGGUGCCACCUACGAAGCAUUUGGACACUCCUAUCAUCCAAACUGUUUCCUAUGUACAGGUUGUCGUCGUCCCUUCCCCUCUGGCAAGUACCUCAAUAUCAACAGGCGGCCUUACUGUGAUGGAUGUGGACGAGCUGCCUUUAUUCAAUCACAACUCAAUGGAAAUUCACCAGUGAUGAACAGGAACAACAAUGGUAGCGGUGGCAACACAAUCAACAACAACAGCAAUAACAACAUGAGUUCGCCACCAACUCGACCAAAGCUCAUUCCUCACAACUCGACAUCGCCAAUGAUGAUGAACCAGUCGACGUACUCUCCCACUCAGCAACCAAUGCGUGAUGAGAAACACUACUCAAAGACAUCGUCAGAGCAAGAGAAACUCAUCCGCGAGCAGUUGGAUCGUGUCUCCAAACGCUACUCUUCCUCGUUCGAAAUCGACGAGGCGGCCGACUACCACCACACCUCCUCAUCCUCCUCCAACAACCGUCACACCACCAGCUUCACAUCUCCGCCCCUGUCACAGUAUCAACAACAGCAACAACAAUCACCCAUUGGCAAUGUCAAUCGACUGUCAAAGAGAUUGGAUAACUACUCGAUAUCGGAGCGUGAGCCAUUGACCUCGUCGUCCUCGUCGCACUACAGCAGCAGCAGCAGUGGUAGCACUGGCAAUGCGCCUGGUGGCAACAAGAGGAACAGCGUGGCAUUGACCCUGAAGCGAGAGAUCGAGGAGAGGGAACAGCGCGAACGCGAGGAUAGAGAGCGAGAUCGUGACCGUGACCGCGACUCUAGGAGCGUGAGCAAGUUUGAGAAGGAUCGAUUCAGCUUCUUGAACAACACCAACAACACAUCGCCACAGAACAUAUCGCCAUCUUCAUCAAUCAGCAGCUCAGACUCUCGCAACAGUCCACUCGUGUCGUACGAGACAGAGAACAGCAACAAGCGACUCAGCAGCAACUUCACUGCCGCGCUACUCAAGCAACGCGAAGAGGAGGAGCGCGAACGAGAGCGUGAGCGUGAGAGGAAGGAGCGCGACCGCAAGAGUGUUGGCAAGUUUGGCAACGACCGUUUCGACUUCCUCAAGACUGCCUCGCCUACCGCCGUGUCCAUGGGCUUCAGCUACCUGGGUGGCGGCGACGGAGGCAGUCCAGUCAGCAAGCGACAGAGCAUGUCCUAUGUCCCCCGUGGUGACGACGACACCGAGUACAGCAUCAGCAUCAGCAGCAGUGGACCAUCAUACGAGGAUGAGAGAAGAGACCGCGAGAGCUUGGAGGCCCUUCGUCUGGAAAAGGAGCGUCUUGAACUGGCGGCAAAGAAUAGGAAGAUCAAGGAGCGCGAAGAAGAGCUCGAGCGAAAGGAGAGGGAGACCCGCGAGAGGGAGGAAAGAGUGGAGCGCGAACGUAUCCUGCUGGAGAAGGAGAGAGAGUGGGAGCGCCAGAGCAGGGAACGUGAGAGGAUGGAGCGACUCGAGCGAGAGAUACACAAGGAGCGUGAGAGGGAGUUCCAGACUGAGCGCGAGCUGAUGCGAGAACGCGAGCUGCAGCGUGAGCGUGAAAGGGAGCGUGAGAUCCAGAGAGAGCGCGAGGUGCAGCGGGAGAAGGAACGCGAGCGCGACUUGCUAAGACAAAAGGAGGAGAAGGAACGCGAGUUGGAGCGUCUGCGUCAGCUCGAGAAGGAGAGACAGCAACGCGAGAAGGAGCUAGACCGCGAGAAAGAACAACAGAGGCAGCGCGAAAAGGAGAGACGCGAGCUACAAGAGAAGGAGGAAGCCGAGAAGCGUGAAUAUUUAAGGAUACAGGAGGAUCUUAGACUGAAGAAAGAGGAGCGACAGAGGAUCAUUGAGCAGCAGCUCGAGGAGGAGGAGAGAGAGCGCCAGAGACGCGCCGAUGAGCGACAGAGGCGAAAGGAACAACGAGAGCGUGAGUUGCGCGAAGAAGAGGAGAAGCUGGCACAAGAGCGUGAGAAGAGGAACAGAAUCAAAGAGGAACGAGAGGCCAAGUACAAGCAAGAGAUGUUGGAGUAUGAGCGAGAGCGUGAGGAAGCCAGGAAGAAGCGCGACAUGUCAUCGUCUUCCUCGUCGUCGUCAUCAUCCAAGGUGCCACCACUGCCAUCUAUCAAGGUCGAGGAGCCCAGCUCCAAGUUCUCCUCGUCCACAUCGACCUCGUCCAACACGUCGAUGUACUACACAAGCACCUCACCAGCCAUUGUCGAAGCGUACGUGAGCAAUGUCAGCUCACCCAACGUCAACUCAUCGACCUCGACCAGCUGCUCACUUCUAUCACCACGCUUUGGCGAGCGUGUCGACUUUGACAUCACCGAGGGAUCGAGCAACUACAGCAUGAGUCUUCAAGAGUCGCCUGCACUGGACGGUCUGCUCACGCCAUCAAUGGUGGAUGGUGUCCUCUCACCAUCGAUGCUCAACGGAUUGGUCAUCUCACCACGCUACAGCAAUGCUCAGAGUCUAUUGAGCGAGGAGGACCUACUGGCAGAGUUCAAGCGCAAGGAAGAAGAGACACGUAACAAAAGAUCAACAACAGUCAACAUUAGCAACAGCAACACAUCUGCAGAUGAUGAUCGUAAACGACGUGAGAGAGAAAGGGAGGAGAGAAGAAGACGUGUGGAGGAGGAGGAGAGGGUGAUGGAGGCAGCGCGUCGACAACGUGCAGAGGAGAGACAACGUCAACGUGACGAGAUGAAGCGUGAGCUCGAGGCUGAAGAGAGAAAGAUCCAACAGCAACGCGAGGACAGGUUGUCAAGACUACAAAGAGAGACCUCCUACAACUAA